AUGCUGGAAGCAGAGUGGCUCUCCUGCCCUCUCAAAGUGUCUCCGAUCCAGGCUGAGGCUGGAGACCGCUCCUUGUUGAAACGCCAACGGGAAGGAGGCCGAGGGGUUCAUGCUCAGCAUCCAAACCUAACUGAAGUCACAGUUAAACCUUUGGAUCUGGGGCUUACCAUAACUCCAGAAUCUACUAUGGAGGUUGAACCUUCUCCAACCAUGCAGAAGAUCCCAGCUCAGUCUCUGGAGCCACCUAAGGAGGUUGUAGUUCAGCCUCCAUUGUAUCAAGCUGCAGCAGUUCCAAAUCCAGGUCUGGAUCAAGCUCAGUAUCCAACACUGCCCAACAUCACAGUUCAAUCUUUCAACACAGGACUUCCUAUAACUUCAGAACCUACUACAGAGAUUGAACAUUCUACAACUCCUAGUCUGAAACCCCCUUAGGUGACACUUCUACAUCCAGAGCAAGUUCACGUUCACCAUCCAACCCUGACUGAGGUCACAGUUCAACCUUUGGACCUGAAAACUUCAUUAACUUCAGAAUCUAAUAUAGAGGUUCAGCCUUCAUUGUAUCAGGAGGUGACAGUUCCAGCACCAGAUCAGGAUCACACUGAGCAUCCAACAUCACCUAGUGCCACAGUUAAACCUUUGGAUCUGGAACUUACCAUAACUUCAGAACCUACUACAGAAGCUGAACCUUCUCCAACCAAGCAAGAGACUCCAACUCAGUCUCCAGACCUGGAGCUAACCAUAACUUCAGAACCUACUUCGGAGGCCAAACACUCUACAGUCCUGCAGAAGACUACAGCUCCUCCUCCUGAGGUUGCCCUUGCACAUCCAGACGUGACUCGAGUCACAGUUCCACCUGUAGAACAGGAAGUUACCAUAACUCAGCAUCCAGGGUCACCUAAGAUACCUUCUUCAUCGACUCAGUUCAGCGGUGCAUUGUAGAACAUAUACCCCAGAAAAGAAGCAACCAGAACACAAUGCUACCAUAAGCACAAACAUAUGUGAGCUCUGUAUCUGCAAAAAUGAGACACUGUCAUGUGUUGGUUUCAGUUGAAAGAAGAGGCUCCACAAAGUGUCUGUGCCAGAGCCCAGCAGCUCCAAUGGCACCUUCACCAUCUUGUAAGAAUUACUUUUCCUCAUUUGUUCUCUGCAUCCUACGUGAUGUGGCAGCCUUUCUUCAAAGUCUUCCUGGGUCUUCCUCAUCUCCCCAACUCACAUUGACUGACUUUCUGUUUUUACCUUUUGUUUGUCUUAUAAACAAUUUCUUAUGUUCAUUUGUCU